AUGGAUCCCAUUCGCAUUCUUUUGGUGGGCAAUGGUGGCCGCGAACAUGCUCUGGCUUGGAAAUUAAGUCAAUCCCCUUUGGUUGAAUCGAUUAUCGCGGUUCCAGGGAACGGAGGCACCUCGAACUGCCCCAAAGUCACAAACGAUUCCAGCGUAAAAGCAGACGACUAUCCAGGACUUGUCGCCCUCGCACAGAAGAACAAUGUCAAUUUGGUUGUUCCAGGCCCAGAAGCGCCUUUGGUGGAUGGAAUUGAGGGGUAUUUCCGAGCUGCAGGAAUUCGUUGCUACGGCCCUUCAAAGCUCGCUGCUCGAAUGGAAGGAAGCAAGGCCUUUUCCAAGGACUUUAUGCAAAGACACAAUAUCCCUACUGCCGCAUACGCGAACUUCACAAACUACGAAGACGCCAAAAAGUACCUCGAUUCGGUCAAUCAUAAUGUUGUACUCAAGGCAAGUGGGUUGGCAGCAGGCAAGGGGGUUCUCAUUCCUACAACAAAGGAGAAGGCACAUAAGGGAUUGAAGGAGAUUAUGUUGGACAGAGAGUUUGGUGAUGCCGGGAAUGAAGUUGUGAUUGAGGAGUUCUUGGAGGGAGACGAGCUCAGCAUCUUGACUUUCAGCGACGGAUACACCAUCAAAUCACUUCCUCCAGCCCAGGACCAUAAGAGAAUUUUCGAUGGAGAUCAAGGCCCUAAUACUGGAGGUAUGGGUUGUUAUGCGCCUACGACAAUCGCAACCAAAGAGCUGCUUGAGCAAGUCGAGAAGACCAUUCUACAACCUACAAUCGAUGGCAUGAGAAAUGAAGGCUUUCCUUUUGUUGGCACACUUUUCACGGGCUUGAUGAUUACACCUACUGGCCCAAAAACUUUGGAAUACAAUGUUAGAUUUGGUGACCCCGAGACACAAACUCUACUGCCCCUGAUGAGUCAGGAUACAGAUUUAGCAAAGAUCAUGGUUGCUUGCACAGAGCACUGGCUUUCAGGGGUAGCUCUCAAAGUCGAUCCCUAUUUCAGCACUACUGUUGUGGUAGCAGCAGGUGGAUAUCCUGGAUCCUACGAGAAGGGAACACCAAUGCAAGUUGAUACUCCAGCUGCAGACACAAAUAUCUUCCAUGCUGGUACAACUAUCAAAGACAAUCAGCUCCAGUCUUCUGGUGGCCGAGUUAUUGCUGCUCAGGCAAGAGCUGAGACUUUGGAAGAGGCAGUAAAGAAGGCUUACCUUGGUGUGGACCAUAUCAAAUUCGACAAGAUGUUCUACCGGAAGGAUAUUGCGCAUCGAGCAUUCAAGUCAGCAGCAGCCAGUAAAGAGAAAGAAGCUCUCACAUACGCUUCAGCGGGUGUUAGUAUUGAUGCUGGAAACGCUUUCGUUGAGAGAAUUAAAAAAGCAGUUGCUUCGACAAGACAACCCGGUGCUAAUGCUGAAAUUGGGGGUUUUGGUGGAGAGGUUGAUAUGGAGAAGGCUGGUUUUAGUUCUGCUCCAAUUACUGUUGGUGCCAUUGAUGGUGUGGGAACAAAACUUAUGGUUGCUCAAGCAAUGAACAAGCACGAUACUGUUGGUAUUGAUCUUGUCGCAAUGAAUGUUAAUGAUCUUGUCGUUCAAGGCGCAAGACCAUUCAUGUUCCUCGAUUACUACGGAUGCAGCAAGCUCAAACUUGACACCGCCGCUUCAUUCGUGGAAGGUGUUGCAGAGGGUUGUAACCAAGCCGGUUGCACACUCGUUGGCGGCGAGACUGCAGAAAUGCCUGGGAUGUACCAAGCCGAUGACUAUGACGCAGCAGGUUGUGCUGUUGGAGCCAUGUCGCAAGAUGUCAGAUUACCACGAAAGGAUGAUAUGGUUGAGGGUGAUAUCUUGCUUGGUUUAGCAUCAAGUGGUGUCCACUCCAAUGGUUUCUCGCUUGUGCGAAGAAUCAUCGCUCGAGAGGGUCUAUCAUACAAAGAUACCACCCCAUGGGAUCGAACACAGUCCACGGUUCUUGGGGAGGCACUCUUGUAUCCUACUCGAAUCUACGUGAAGUCACUCCUCAAAGUUACCGACAAGAAACUCGUCAAGGGUCUCUCACACAUCACGGGAGGCGGUCUUUUCGAGAACGUCCCACGUAUGUUGCCAUCUCACCUCACUGGUGAAAUCGAUGUUGCCAACUGGCAGCUUUCCCCCAUGUUCAAGUGGCUUAAGAAUGCUGGUAACGUCUCCGGACCAGAAUUGGGCCGUACGUUCAACUGUGGCAUUGGCAUGGUUGUCGUAGUCAGCCAGGAGAACGCGAAGUUGGUUCACCAAGAGCUCGAGGCCGCUGGUGAACAAGUGUACGAGAUUGGCAAGCUCAUCAAGCGAUCCGGGAACGAGGGCUGCGAGUUAUUGAACUUGGGUAUUUGGGAGGAGUAG